AUGGCUUAUCAUUUUUUUGAACCAGAGAAUCCCAAAAUGAAUAACAGCCCACGUAGAAGAAAGCCAAAUAUGUUCAUCAUCUAUCGGAAAGAAAUGAUGAAAUUUAAACCGUCUAAUAUUAAAAUGACAGAAUACAGCAAGCUAGUAUCUGAAUGGUGGAAAAACCAUUCAAUUGACGAAAAAUGGAAAUUGCAAAGACAAUAUCAAAUUGAUCGGGAUCAAGAAUCUCAACAUACGUCCAAUGAAAUCGCGGAAGAAGGAACAGAUUCUAAUAUUAUCAAUUCUAUAUACUUUGCAUAUUAUUUGUUGUAA